CGGGGCCGCGGCUGCUGUGGCCAUCACAUACACAUACCUCGCCUUCCUCCUCCACCCCCCUGUCCACACCAAAAGAAGUGGGGGAGAGAUCUGGAGAAGAGAAGAGGAGGAGAAGGCCAUUGACCCGUGACGGCUUGAGCUUGUCUGCUCUUUUCCCUCUUCUCUCUCGCGUGCUUUCUUUGCUUCGCUUGGCUGAGGCGCCGGCCAUGGCCACCAUCCUGGAGAGCAUCCAGAAGACGAGGUUCCUGCCGACCAGGCCGCUCAAGGACGAGCUGCCCACCUUCCAGGGCGGCCUCGGCGGCGGCAAGGAGAGCCACCUCAUGGGCCUGAGGAAGCGGCUCUCCUCCUUCUCCGGCAAGAUCCAGCCCAUCUCCUCCGCGUCGGCCGAGUGGGCGUUCCGGCGCUCCAAGUCGGCGCCGUCGCUCGGCGCCGCGUUCGCGGCCGGCGGCGGCUCCCUGAGGCAGUGGUGGAAGUGGGGCGUCGGCUGGCUGCUCUCCAAGAAGCCCGGCUUCGCGGGGGACCUCGAGAUGAACGAGGAGGAGGUCGCCGCGCUCGGCCGCCAGAGCCGCGGCAGCUGGGGCCACAUCCUCUACAAGAUGCGCGCCGGCGUCCGGCGCCUCGUCAUGUCCUCGCACUCGCUCCCCACCACGCAGAAGCAGUCGCUGCCGUCGGCGGCGCCGCAGCACAGCGCCCACUGCAAGCCGGCGGCGGCCUUCGCCUACGCGCAGAGGCAGAGCUUCCACCUCAACGGCCACGCCAUGGCGCACUAGGCAGCGUCGCCGCCGGCUGCGGACGGCCGUCGCCACCGGUCUCCAUGAGAUCUAAUCCAAAUGGGGAUGCCCAAGAAGAAGGAGAGGAUUCAGAUUCCAGGUGCGUGAGACCGAUGGUGAAGAUAUCGCGAUACGAAUACAAGUGGGAACAAAAAUUAGCCCGGUGAGUUGAAGUUGAUGAAUGGUUCAAGUGAAUUGUAGCGUUGCCGUCCCGUUCUGUGUAGAUCUAGUGCCCCUGUAGAGGUGAAUUUGUAUGCUCGUUCUUUACGUUCUUUUUGGGUUCGCUGGAGAUUGUAAAUGUAAAAUGUUUGGUUGAUCUUUGUAUUGCCUUUUUGCCCCACGCGGUAAAUAAAACUAAUGCAAAGUCGUGCUCCUCUGUUCUUGACCU